AUGGUGCUGUCCGAACAAAAUUUUAUUUUGUUUGAAAAGGUGGAGCGGGUGUUAGACUGGAAGGUUGCCGGGACGGAUCGGGGAGAAGGCUGGCUGACUGACUCGACAAGGAGCCCGUGGAGGCCCAGCGGGAAUCGAAGGGGGUGCCAGGCCGGUGGGCUGGCGGAGGAGGGCUCGACCCUGCCUGUCGGUCUGCCGGGCGCACUCUACCUCGACUGCGUGGACGUCCAGGCCGGCCAGCUCCCGGAGGUGGCGACCAGGAUGCCGGGCAUGCCCUCCCAGGACGGCCUGGGCUCUUUAGCGGGAGGCCAGCCCCCUCCCCGGCCGACUGGGCAGGGCAGGUCGAGGCCAGGGUGCCGGACUUGCCCUCCCAGGACGGCCGGGGCUGUUGAGCGAGACACAGCCCAACCAUCCAUCAGUCGGCCAGGCACCCAAACCUCGAGGCAAGGCAGCCGCUCGUCAACCCAGAGACGGGCUGGGGCCUUUGAGCGACAGCCAGCCCAACCAUCAGUCGGCCAGGGCCCCGCACCUCCAGACCAGGCAGCCGCUCGUCAACUCCGACGUUGGCAGGGGCUUUGGAGCGACAGACAGCCCACCUCCAGUCGGCCAGGCACCCGCACCUCGAGGCCAGGCACCCGCUCGUCAACCCAGAGACGGGCUGGGGCCUUUGAGCGAGACACAGCCCACCUCCAGUCGGCCAGGCACCCGCUCCUCGAGGCAAGGCACCCGCUCGUCAACCCAGAGACGGGCUGGGGGCCUUUGAGCGACAGGCAGCCCACCUCCAGUCGGCCAGGGCCCCGCUCCUCGAGGAGACAGGAUGUCCAUGCCAAGCCGACACUCCCGUCGAAGGCAGGCACCCGCACUUCACAUCCGACGUCGGUAGGGGCUGUUAAGCGGGACACAGCCCACAAGGAGGCCGACAGGCCCCCUCAGGUCGACGCGAGGCACCCGCUCGUCAACUCCGAGUGGGCCAGGGUGCCGUACCUCCAGACCAGGCACUCGCUCUUCAACUCCGAGGUGGGCAGGGGCUUUGGGGCGACAGACAGCCCACCUCCAGACGGCCAGGGCCCCGUACAUCGAGGCAAGGCAGCCGCUCUUCCUCUCCGAGGUCGGCAGGGACUUUGGAGCGAGAGACAGCCCACCUCCAGUCCGACAGCCAGCCGCAGGUCGCGGGCAGGCAUCCGCUCGUCAACUCCGAAGUCUGCUGGGGCUUUUGAGCGACAGCCUGCCAACCUCCAGUCGCCCAGGGCCCCGUGGGUCGAGGCAAGACACCCGCUCGUCAACUCCGAGGUGGGCAGCGGCUUUUCAGCGGGACAUAGCCCAACAGCAGUGGGCCAGGGUGCCGUACCUCGAGGCCAGGCAUCCGCACUUCACUUCAGACGUCGGCAGGGGCUCCUGAGCGAGACACAGCCCAACAGCAGUGGGCCAGGGUCCCGUACCUUCAGACCAGGCACCCGCUCGUCAACUCCGACCUUUUCAGGGGAUUUUGAGCGACAGCCAGCCCAACAGCAGUGGGCCAGGGUCCCGUACCUUCAGACCAGGCACCCGCUCGUCAACUCCGACCUUUUCAGGGGAUUUGGAGUGUCAGCCAGCCCAAGACCAGACGACCAGGGCCCCGUAGGUCGAAGCCGGGCCCUCGUAAAACCUCUCCUAGAUCGGCGGGGGCUCCCGAGCGACAGCCAGCCCACCUCCAGCCCGGCAGCACCCCGUAGGAGACAGGAUGUCCAUGCCAAGCCGACACUCCCGCUUAACCCACCCUGGAGUUUGCAGGCGAUUCCGACCGGCGGAUCUCGACGCAGCGGGCCGACAGCGCCCCGCCUGCCGAGCCCGGUCUCCCGCCCGCCAUCCCUGGAGUUUGCAGGCGAUUCCGACCGGCGGAUCUCGACGCAGCGGGCCGACAGCGCCCCGCCUGCCGAGCCCGGUCUGCCGCCCGCCCACCCUGGAGUUUGCAGGCGAAUCUGA